AUGGAGGUCAAGCGCGCCAAGGUCAAGAUCAAGGAGCCCGAGUUCGAGACGCCGGCGCUGGCGACUAUCUCGGAGGUCGCGGCCGUCAAAACAGCGCCCGCAACUCGGCGCCGGACGGUGCGGCCAUCAGUGGGAAAAGCCUCGCCAGUGGCACCCGAGCCUGAAUCCAACGCGGUCGUCGCUCCCUUGGCAUCCCCCGCCCCAUCCGAUGACCAGAAAGGACAAUUCAUUCCACUCGACCAAGUGCAGCGGCUCGUCCAGCGGCUCUCGACGUCCCAAGAUCGGUUGGCCAAGCUCGCGCGCAUCGAGAAGGCCAUCGCCGACUUUCACGAUGAAAUCGUCAACACAACAACGGAUGCGGACACGCGACGACCCGUGCCGACGGCAGACGGUGACACGCUCGCCGUCAUCAACUCGCUGCGCACGUACAUGCGUGUCCAGCGCGGCUUCAAAGAGGAUUAUGAAAAGACGUUGAAAAUCUCGCUCAAGACGGCGACGGUGGCGCAAAAGCUCGAAGAGAGCCACAUCCGAGACGAACUAAUCGCACUCCAGCAAGACCACAACGCGCUGCUUCUGGAGCGACAAGUGCUAAUUGUCGCGAUGGAGCAGACCGAGCAUGGCCGCGCCCUUCUUGCCCAAGAAGGCCUCGACGAGCUCGAGCGCGAGCGUGCCGUGAGCCGGAGCCUUCGAAGGCAGCUCGAGAGCGCAACGACCGAGCUUCAAAAAGCACUCGGCUGCAUAAGCACGCAGGCCAAGGCGUUGGACGAACGUGACAACGAACACCGAGCGAUGACAUAUGAGCUCGGCAUGCUCAAGCACCAAGUCCAUGAGCUCGAGUUUGGCAUGUCGCGCCGACGCAGCUCGACGGGCUUGAGCGCGACCUCGCUGCUAGCGCCAAGCAGUGCGCCGCCACCGGAAACGACCACGAUCGCAUCUGCCGCGAGCGUGCGCGAACUGCGCCAAGCCAACUUGAAAAUCGGCAGCCUCGACGCGGAAGUUUCGGCAGCCCGCGAGACGAUUUCGGACUUGCGAAGCAAGCUGCACAGCCUCAAGACGAGCUUGCACUCGACCGAGGUGCAAAAGGCCCAAAAAGAAGCCCAGCGUCUGCGGGACCGCGAGCAGAGCAAGGACGACCAGAUCGCUUCGUUGGAGACCGCCUUGCUGAAAACACGGAGCCGCCUGCAUGAAAAAGACUCGCGCCUUGCUGCCUUAAAGUCCGAGUACGACAAGAUCUUUGCCGCCCUUCAGAAAGGCAGCCCCCAGAAGGCGUCGGCGGCGCCAACGCGCGUCUCCAAUGACGAGGCCAGUCGCGUUGCCAAUGACAACAUAUAUGUCACCGAGUACUACAAGUCGCGCUACGAACACCAAACCCACGAGAUUUUAACGUUGCGAAAGCAAAUCAAGAAGCUGCUUUCGCUCGAGCACAAGCAGUACCAUGACCAGCACGCGCGCGCCAAGGAGCACAGCCGGCUGCUUCAGAGCUUCCAAGACCUGAAGCGGCAGCUGCAAGAGGGCGCGAUAACAGCCGCCACCAACCAAAAGCUGGCCGAGUCGAAUCAAAACACCCUGCUUCCUGCGGCCGACUACUUGUGCGACGACCUUGGCAAGCUUUUGGCGCGCCACGAAUUUCUGGAAAAUUUCUACCGGGACCACGUAGCUGGCGGCGACUCUCCAGGUUAA